UUUUUCCUCCCUUGAUAUUGACUUCUCUUCGUCAGAGUCACAGAGCGGUGCGAGUGCGGAGCUUGAUAGGGAUCAAUUCAUAUGAAAGUUCCAUCUUCAUCUAAUAUGUUUCAAAUUUCACAAUAUGGCUAUGGCGUUUUUGUGUUGGUGGUUUGUUUUUUUGUGUUGUUGGUUUAUAAAGCAUCCUCUUCCCAACCUGAUUGUAUGGGUGUUUGUGAGAACUCCCAAGGAAAGGAUGCAACAGAUAUGCCACUUUGUGUGGAUGAAAAAUGGCAUGAACGCUUCUGCACUUAUCAAAUAUCCAGUCUUACACGGAUGUGUACUUUAAUAAGGGAAAAAAGUCAUAUCCAGCAGUGCAAUGAUUUAGACUCAAGACAGGUGUCAUUUUCAUUCACAUGGAACACAACCUGCAAACUUCCUGACUUGUCGUCUGGAUUUUCAGAUUGCGCCAUCAACAUCAAGCUGCCAUAUGUUGACAACUGCAAAGACAGACAUCUAAUACAAUGUGUGGAUCAAUGGACCUUUAUUAAAAUGACAAAUCAGUCCACUACUAGUCAGGCAACUACUAUCAGCAUUGAAAAUAAAGUCACAACCAAAACCUCACACAUUGCGAGAGAAUGUGAUUUUGAAAACUUUGGACUGACUCAUGCAAAUAAUAACCUGACCUCUGUUGAUGCAUUUGUCAGAAAUUGUAAAAGAAAGGCAAAACCAAUAAUGACUGGUCAGCAGUUGCGUUCCAUAAAAAACAUAUUUCACAACAUUACCAAGCAGGGACCUCAGAAAGUGAUUCUUGACAGCAUCAAAGGUUCAGUGACAUCACAUCAGAAGAACAAUUUGCUAAAGUUUAGAAUGGCUCUACCCUCCACCAAUAAUGCCACGUUGGAGGAGAUGGAUGACAUUUGGUUGGAGAUUCCUACUGAGGCUUUGAAUGCUAUUCUGGGAGACAUGAAACAGGAAGUUAACCUGGGAGUAUUUUGGUUUGAGAAUGACAGCCUGUUCCCGGUGGAGGAGAACAACACUGAGCUCCUAAACAGUCGAGUGGUAUCCGUCGAUGUGGGAGAGGACAUCUCAGGCCUCAGUAACUAUUUUAAGAUCACGUUCCACUUCCAGAAUGUAUCAGUGGAAAACAAAUCACUAGCAUGUGUGUUCUGGGAUCUUGAAAAUGAUACUGUUGCACAUUGGAAUUCCUCUGGAUGUGUCACUGAGACAAAGGAAAAUGAAACAGUGUGCUCUUGUAACCACCUUUCAUUCUUCGCUGUACUUAUGUCUCCGGUCAGUGGCUCCAGUGCCAGUCUGAGCUCCUCCUCUGUGUGGUUGCUGACGUUGUUGUCCAGGGUGGGCUGUGGAAUAUCCCUCUGUUUCCUGUGUCUGGCUCUCCUCAUCCACCUCAGAAGGGGAAAAUCUGAUGAUUCCCUGUGCAUCCACAUCCACCUGUGCGUGGCGCUGCUGUGCCUCAACCUAACCUUCCUCAUCAACGACAGCCUAGCCUCCCUUGGUGUCCAUGGCCUGUGUGUUGCUACGGCAGCAGCCACCCACUACUCUCUGCUGUGCACCCUCACCUGGUUCUCCCUGGAAGGCUUCCACCUCUAUCUGCUCAUCAUCCGGGUCUUCAACAUCCACGUCAAGAGAUACCUCCUCAAACUGGGCCUGGUAGGAUGGGGUGAGUGCAGAAUACCUGGCAUAGUAGUUACCAUAAUUGUUGCUUGUGGCAAAUAUGGAGAAUACAGAAUAUACCAGCAAGACGGUGGUGCUAUUCAAAUGUGCUGGCUGACUGACUCUGCUCUGACCACGGUGUCCUUCUCGUACUUCGUGCUGACAUUCGCGGUGAACAUGCUGUGCUUUGGGUCUGUGACAGUGAAGGUGGUGAGGGCCCACCGUCAGAGUCCUGUCCUGAGGGAGAGGGGUAUGAACAGGGGGACAGUACUCAGUCUUCUGGGUCUGGCCUGGCUCCUGGGGGUCUCCUGGGGGGUCCUGCUCUUCCAGUUUGGCCCCCUGAGGGAGACAGCCUUCUACAUCUUCUGCACCAUCAACUCUCUCCAUGGCCUCUUCCUCUUUCUACGCUAUUGGGCUUUAACUCGGCCAGAGAAGGCAUCUAUCUCCAUGGCAACCACUGUAUCUUCUUGAACUGAGAUGCAACCAGCCUUAUAGGCCAGUCCCUGACUAACACGGUUAAACCUUUUACUACUAAUACCACUGCUUCCAUUGUAAUACCACAGAAGCAGAAUAUUUAGUAUGUUGGUUUAUAACUUUCACUAUAGGCAAACCUAGGUUUCCAGGUUUGCAUGUAAGCUUACUGUGCUCAUAAUACUUUUUUUUCAAAGUUGUGCUGUUUAUUUCACUUUGUGUGCAUAUUGUUGUAUGUUGUGACAUAUCUUCCAUGCAUAUUCAGUUUUGAUGUGUAUAGUCCUAGGCAAACAGGGAACACAUCUAUUAGGUUCACAUGAUUUUCAUCUCUGAAAAUAAUCAAAUACGUUUGGAUACCCAAUCGAUCACUCACCGUCGUACACGAGGGUAAGAUGAUGUGGUCGACUGUGAAUUGGUGCCUUUCUGUGUCUUUGACUGUUAUCAAAAACCCUCUGAAAGAUAUGCCCUUUUUUAGUCCAUCUAACAUUUUGGAGAAUUUUAAUUCCCUUUUGGUUUUUGCAGAAAAGGCGUACAGUAUAUAACCUCCUAGCCUAUGGGCUACCUGAGAGAACAUUAGGCCUACAAGUAGAUAGUACCUUAGCAUAACACCAUAUUUGCAGGGAUGGGAAAACAUUGUUUAGAAAUGAACACUUUUAGAUUGUGUAAACUUUAUUCUUUGUGUAAAUAACUUGUGUAAAUAAUAAUUCCAUAAGAAUUUGAAAGUGGGAGAUGCCUCACAAGCCUCUGGGGUUUUCUACCUCUUCUGCACAUGCUCUUUUUGUUUUCCUUUUACUUUGUGAUCAUAUUGUUUUGGAUUUUCUUGUGUGCCAUUAAAAAGGAAAUAUAUAUCCUA